AUGGUCGCCAAAACUCGUGGCGGCGCACAGCCAUCCCCAAAGAAACUCAAGUUUCACGAUAAACUCGUAGGCAAGGGGCUCUCGACAGACACACUUCUCAAGAAGCUCAAGACGCUGCACACCGAGCUUGCAGAUCUUGACCAGGAGACGGUCGACACUUCGACCCUCGGAGGACCACGCAAAGAACUUAUCCACCAGACAAUCCUUCUCCACAAAGAUCGGGGCGUUAAGGCUUAUGCAGCCUGCUGUCUUGCCGAUCUGCUCAGGCUAUACGCGCCAGACGCACCAUACACCCACCACGAGCUUCGCGACAUCUUCCAGUUCUUCUUCCGUCAACUCUCCGCUGGUCUCACCGGCCCAGACGCGCCCUACUACAAUGAAUACUUCCACCUACUCGAGUCACUGUCGACUGUCAAGAGUGUCGUGCUUGUUUGUGAUCUACCAAACUCAGACGAGCUCAUGGUCGACAUCUUCAGGAGCUCCUUCAACCUCGUCCGCCUUGAUCUCGCGAAGAAAGUCGAAAUGUUCUUGGCGGAUAUUCUCGUUGCGUUGAUUGAUGAGUCUCAUACCCUGCCAUCUGAGUUGUUGGAGACUAUUUUGGCGCAAUUUAAGGACAGGAAGUCGGGGCUGGACAACCCAGCAUACCGUCUCGCAGUUCAAGUCUGCAACGCCACGGCCGACAAACUCCAACGCCACGUCUGCCAAUACUUUACCGACAUCAUCCUCGCCCACACCUCCACCCUUUCCUCCAGCCAUCGCGCCUCCUCCCGGGACUCGUCACCCCCCGACUCUGAAUCCACCCUCGCCGACCUCCGUUCCGCACACUCCUUGAUCAAACAACUCAACCGGUCCUGUCCGUCCCUAUUACACAACGUCAUCCCACAAUUGGAGGAGGAGUUGAAGGUGGAGGACGUACCAUUGCGGACGAUGGCGACGCAGGUGUUGGGUGAGAUGUUUGGGGACGGGAAGGCAGGGAGUGAUUUGGCGAGGAAGUAUCCGACCACUUGGAAUAUGUGGUUGAUGAGGAAGAAUGAUAAGGUUGUGGGCGUGCGACUGGCGCUUGUGGAGGCUGCGAAGGGCUUGAUUGCGAAUUUGCCAGAGUUGAGGGAGCAGGUCGAGGAGGCGUUGCAGACAAAGAUGUUUGAUCCGGACGAAAAGGUUCGCGCGGCGACCUGCAAAGUAUACUCACAUCUCGACUAUGAAACUGCACUCCAUCACGUCUCGAAAGGCACAUUACAAGUCGUCGUGGGUCGUGGUCUUGACAAGAAGCAUUCCGUCCGCGUAGAGGCCAUGAACAGCGCAGGAAAACUCUAUAGCCUCGCCUUUCCUGAGAUCGAAGCAGGGGAUCCGGCAGCCAUCCAACAAUUCGCUUGGAUCCCACAGGCGAUCCUUCAAAUGAUCUCUACGACGGCGGAAGUCAAAGCCGCCGCCGAACAAGUCCUCGCCGAAUACAUCUUCCCGCUUCCUUCCCUAGCCUCUUCCAAGACCGUGCAUGGUGGCGCUGCAGGGGAUGUGGAUGAGGUGGCGUGGACGGAUCGGUUGUUGCUCAUUAUGCGGUUCUUGGACGAGGGUGCGGUGGGUGGGUUGUUGAAUUUCUCGGGCAUCAAGGCGGUCCGGCCAACGGUGUAUGAACGGUUCAUUGACGCUUGCGAGGCUAAUAACGGCGGCGUGAUCGACGACAACGAGGAUAAUGUGAUCAGAAUGUUGAACCUUGUUAUUCAGAGAUUGGCAGCAACAUUCACGGACCCGCAGAGAGCGACGGACGAUCUACAGACGUUCGCAAAGAUGAACGAGAAGAGGCUAUAUAAGCUUCUUAGGACGGUGAUGGAUCCACAAACGGAUCUGAAGACGCUGGUGAAAACUACCAACGAAGUCCUCAAACGAAUCGACGCCUCCUCGCCCUCCAUCCUCCCCACUUUCACAACCUUCCUCCGCCGCUCCUCCCUCCGCCUCAUCAACCAAUCCUCAAUCCCUACCCUCCUCAAGCGCAUGCAGAACCCUUCCUCCAGAUCUUCACACUCCGAGUCCCAUUCAGCCCAGGCGGCGGCGAAGAACGCACAGGCAGUACUGAUCUACGUGUCAAAGCACCUUCCACAGCUCUAUAAGCCCCACAUCGCCGAACUCACCAAGGGAAUAGCUCUCUCCAACGACAAACCAUCGUCAACUCGUAACAGCCGAAACCACACCGCGGGUACCGCACUUCCGGAUGAAGAAAAGAUGAAGACUGUGGAGGUGUGUCUGCAGGCGUUAGCGUGCGUGGGCGCGUGGGACGAGAAGGUCGUGCACGGGCUGGCGGACAGGGAUAAGAGGACAGGGGAGAGGGUGAGGAAGUAUGUCGUUGAAGGGAAUGAGAGGUGUGCGAAGUUUGCGGCGAGGUUGGUUGCGAGGAUGAGGGGCGCGGAAGGUGUUUGUGGCGCGCUUGUGAACACUAUCGCUGAUGCGCUGGAAGACGUGGACGAGGAGAAGCUGGUGGCACACAUCGCUGUCCUUUCAGAGUUUGCGCAUGUUGCGCCGGAUGCAUUUGAAGAGCAGAGCGAGGCCAUCAUGACGUUCCUUGUCAAGAAGGUCCUCAUGACGCCUGCGCCCAUGGACCCGAAUGACAUGGACACCGACACGGAAUGGGUGGAAGAUGAGAAUAUGACGCCUUCCCUCCGUGCGAAGUUGUUGGCGUUGAAGGUCUGCCGAAAUCGGUGUAUGGCACACGCUGAGGACGAGACAGCACUGGAUAUUGCGAGUCCGGUGUUGAAGAUGUUCCUUACGCUGUUGGAGCAUUCGGGGUCGUUGACGGCUGAUGCGCAGGACGACCCGAAGGUCAAGUCGAGGAUGCGGCUCCAGGCUGCGGUGUCGUUGUUGCAUCUUUCGACGAUGACGAAGUACUCGAAUUAUGUUUCAACCAAUUUCGUGUUGUUGGCUCUGACGAUCCAGGACCCGUGCUACGAAGUUCGGCACGGAUUCCUCCAGAAGGCUAUUAUGUUGCUGAAGAAACUGCCCGCCCACUUCAACCUCAUCCCAUUCUUGACUGUACACGAUCCCGAGGCGGAUGUGAAGACUAUGGUAUGCCUUUGUUCCCUUCGCUCUCUUCACUUCUUCAUGUACUUCGCAAAAGCUUACGUCUCCUACGCCUUCCGUUCCUCACCUCAAUCCGUCAAAGUCGACAACUUCGAGAUGAUUUUCGUCCGGUUCUUACAUCUUUUGGCGCACCAUCCGGAUUUCGCGCUCACACAGGAGGGGUUGCAUGAUAUGGCAAAGUACAUCGACUUUUACCUCGAGCUCAUCUCCACAGCGGAUAAUGUCUCGUUACUGUAUCAUCUCGCCGGGAAAGCGAAGACGGUCAGGGACUCGGAGUCGCAUGUCUAUAGCGAGAACCUAUAUGCACUGAGCGAGCUCGCGCAGCACGUCAUCAAACAGCGGGCACAAUCUCACUCGUGGACGCUACAGAGUUAUCCGGGCAAGGUCAAGCUGUUUUCCGAUAUCUUGAGGCCAUUGCCGAGCCCUGAAUCUGUCAAUGAGAUCCUGAAGCAUGUGUACUUGCCGGCGGAGACAAUGGAAUGGUUGAAGGAACAGGGCAAGGCUUUGAGAGCCGCUGCGAUCGCGGACGGCAAGGUUUGUGGUUUAUAA